GUGUUUUUCAUAGCAGAACACGAGCAACCAGCAGCGACAUCGCCAUCUCACUAGCAAAAGUCCCAAGAGUACUAGAACCAAGCAUGUUUCGCAACACCGUGAUCAAGUCUCCAAGGCACCUUUGCCUUCGCGCCACUCCAGCCCGGCCUUUCUCGCUAUCGGCCUCAAAACGCGUGGAGCAGUACCCGAAAGACCUGAGCACCAACUCAAAGACCAAGACGGACCAGUACGAGGGCGAUUCACCGCAUGCAGUGCAGGACAAGGUGGAGCGUGGCGAUACCCAUAAUGUGCAGGAGAGCAAUGCCAAGGCAGGCAUGGACAGCGCACAUAAAGAAGGGAGGGGAGGACACGCUACGGAGCAUCAGGACUCUGCUGGGGGAAAAGAGACGGCUAAGAAGGAGUUUCCUGAAGCACCGGAUCCAGCCAUUGGCAUGCAGGACGAGAGGGGCGGACGUGGUGCUUAGAUGUUUGGUGCUGAGACUGCAAUGGGAACU